UGUGGUGGCCGAACGUGAUAAAGUGCUGGUUGAAAUGGACGAGUUUUUGGGCAAAAAAUAUUCUUUGAAAUCUUCGGAGAAGUUUGAAGAAUACCUCGAAUUCAUUGGUAAAAACUAUUUCCAAAGAAAAGCGGCCCUGUCCUUAAGUCAAGAGAACUGGUUAACCAAAGAUGAAGCAGGAGCGUACACAUUCCAUUUUCACUCAACUUUCGCCAGCGCUUCUACAACCUUUAUAUCAGGAGUAGAAGUGGAGGAAACCAGACCUGAUGGUGUGAAGGUAAAAGCGUUAAUUACAAUAGAGGGCAACAAAAUGACCCACAUACAGACGGAGGAAAACGGAAGAAUCUCAAAACACGAGCGUGUGUUUACUCCAGACUCGAUGACAGUGAUAACCACAUUCACAACUAUCUAUGGUGCCGAGAAAACUGCAAUAAGACACUAUGCUUUAGUUGAAUGAUAUUAGAAUAGAAAAACAUAUAUUAUGUCAGAGAUCGGACGGAUUUGCGACAUUCUUAGUGACUUACGUCAUUUUAAUGACUUUUAGUAUGAGAUGACGCACAAAAAUCCGAUCUCUGAUUAUGAUAGAAAUGCAUAUGUACAUAAAUAUAAUGAUAUAUUUAAGGCUAAUUCAGAUAUGUGCAAUGAAAUUUUUGAAACGGAA